AUGGAGCUGCAGCGGCGGUUGAAGCCAAAGCGGCAGAGACACCAGUGGGACUUUGAAGAGGUGUGGACGCAAGCGCGAGGUUGUCUGUGGAGACAGCGCCCGAGCUGUCGGGCGACGGCAUGGACGACGGAGGACGAAACAGACCCGGCAUCAAGGUCCUCACCUCCAGCGAUGGAGGGACCCGACUGGAGGGCGGACGCACCUGUGGGGCUGGGCCGGUCGGCGAGGCCCGGCAUGGCCGGGUGGGGCACGCGCGUCGUCCACGCCGCGUACCACGGGCACGGCCCCUUGGCCCCGUCGGCGCCCGCCGCCGCCGCCGCCGCGGCCGCCGCCGCCGCCUGCGGGUACACGGCCACGAACGGGCUGCGGCCCGACGCCGCCGCCGCCAGCGCGCCGAAGUGCGUCAUCAGCCCCAGCCUGCAACACACGUCCGGCGUUGGGCGCGCUCCUUCGGGGUUGAAAGCAGCAGAUGGUUCGCGCCCACACACCGCAAACUCUGCCCGGUUG